AUGCGUCAUGAGAACUCGUGGCGCUUCCGAGACCGAGACAGGAAUAUCCUCUGGAACCGUCUUACCCCUUUCUUCGACCUCAUUCCCACCCAAACUAUCUUCAACGUUAUGUCUUCUGUACAGAAAGCCGGAGAUUUGAAACUAGGGGAGACUCCCCGAGAUUUUAAGGAUGAGGCUUGUCGUCCUGAUAUGCCAACGAACACAACCCAACCCCACACUCACCAAUUUGUGUGCUCAACUCAACAUCGCCACCACGAUGCAGUCAACCCAAUGACAGAACAACCAUAUGGUAUCCCAAUAGCUCCGGGUCACUUCCCGGGGGGUGUCAUAGCUGCUGUCGCGGGAGUUAACCAUGGUCCCGAAGUCCAGGCGUUCACAGCAAGAGAACCAGAGCUGGUGACGAUGCCGAUCCCAGAGCCCUACGAUCCAAACCCUGAUACCUCGACGAAUGUCAAUGGUACACAACAGGCCGCGGCUAUGGAUAAAGAUAGAGCUGGCCUAGCUAUGGGGCAUGGGAUGGAUAUGCCACAGCCUAGACAUGAGGGUACUAACGGUGACGCGCACGGAUCUCCUUUAGGACCUCCUUCGGCCUCCAAUCGAAGCACUGUGUCGACUUCCGCUGGCGGUGGGCAUCAAGGUCAGCAACGGCUCGUCGGCCCUGAAGACGCUACUGCCACACAAGAGCUGAGUUCAGUUACUACACCGACGAAGAACGCAGUCGCUGGCCGAGAGAUUCCAGCUCAAGGAAGUCAAGAUUUCUUGCAACGUCCGCCUAGAGGAAAAGAUAAAACUUUCAGAGGGACUGAGCACUCAGAAGAUGAGCACCACGACGCCCCUCGUCAGGACAGUGGCAAAGCAGGAUUCGACUCCGACAAGUCAAAAGUUACUCAGGGCAGAAAGACCUGGACAACUGAGGGUCCAUCACAUUUACACUUACGUCCCGGCGAGAGCUUUACUGAAAGGGAGACUCGCGUUCAUACCGGCCUCGAAUCAGGUGGGACCAAAGUGACUAUAACCGACCAACAUGGCGCACGCGAAGAAAAGUCGACGUACAACUUGCGUCCUGGCGAGACGAUUACUGAAGAAGUCGAAAUUGUGCAUCACCGGGAUGGUAAGCCAUCAACCACCGUCAGUCACACGAAGGGAUCUCGCAGAAUGAGUCUACGCGGCAGGCGAAAGAGUGUCGUGUCAGUUGGAGCCGCAGUCGCCGCAGAUGUCGGCGCCGGUGCUGUUGGAAUGGACAAUCCUGGUAGCCCAAGCGCAAAGGCACCAGCAGGAGCAACUAGCGCCCAUCCUAAGGGAAAGAUCACGAACAGGAUUUUCGGACGUGCAGAAAAGAUCGCGGGCAGAGUGACGCACAAUGAAGUGCUGAUCCAUAAGGGUGAGGAGAUGAUAGAGGCAGGAAGGAAGAACUGA